CGGCACACACACACACGUACAGACUUGGGCUGGAGCCGCCCUUGGUGUCCGCAGUCCGGCUCCCGCGCCCCGCGCCCCCGGCUGUCGCGCAGCCUCAGCACCUGUUGGUUAGUGUGUCCAGGAGCCGGCGCCCCUGACUCGGUCGGGGCCAGAGAGAGCCAUGGUUUCUCUGCCUGGGCCCCCCACGCUCAACUUGCUGUGGUUUUUGUUCCUGGGGCUGAGCGCCCUCGCGCCCACGUCGAGGGCCCAGACGCAGCUGCACGUGCCCGCCGGCCUCUCCAGGUUGCAGGCGGUGGAGGGAUCUGAAGUGGUGCUCCCGACGUGGUACACCCUGAAAGGGGAAGUGUCUUCGGCCCAGCCGUGGGAGAAGCCCAUCGUUCUAUGGUUCUUGGAACAGGAAGGGAAGGAUCUGAACCAGGUGUUGGCGUACGCCAAUGGAGCCAUAACAAGCAAACCUAGAAUAUCUCUGGUCUACACCAUGCCCUCCCGGAACGUGUCUCUGCGGCUGCAGGGUCUCCAGGAGAAAGACUCUGGCUUCUACAGGUGUUCUGUGAAUGUGUUUGAUAAACAAGGCGUAAAUAAGGGCUUCAACAGCAAAACUAUAGAGCUCAAUGUGCUGGUUCCUCCAGCUCCUCCAUCCUGCCGUCUCCUGGGCAUACCCCAUGUGGGGACCAACGUGACCCUGAGCUGCCAGUCCCCAAGGAGCAAGCCUGCUGCUCAAUACCUGUGGGAGCGGCCGGCCCCAUCCCCCGAGGUUUUCUUUCCACCAGUUUCAGAUGACAUCCAUGGGUCAUUAAGGCUCAAAAACCUCUCCACGUCCAUGUCUGGAAUGUACAUCUGCAAGGCCUACAACGAGGUGGGCAGUGCCCAAUGCAACGUGACCCUGGAAGUGAGCACAGGGUCUGGGGCUGCAGUGGUGGCUGGAGCUGUUGUAGGCACCCUGGUCGGAUUGGGGCUGUUGGCUGGGCUGGUCCUCUUGUACCACCGCCAGGGCAAGGCCCCAGAGGAGCAGGCCAAUGAUAUCAAGGAGGAUGCCACUGCUCCCCGGACCCUGCCCUGGCCCAAGGGCUCAGACACAAUCUCCAAGAAUGGGACCCUCUCCUCUGUCACCUCAGCACGAGCCCUCCGGCCACCCCAAGGCCCUUCCAGGCCUGGUGCAUCGACCCCCACGCCCAACCUCUACAGUCCCCUGCCCUCACCAAAGCUGACCGACACUGCUGGGGCACACCCUCAGCCAACACCCCCCACCCCUAGUGGGGUUUCUUCUGCUGCCCUGAGCCGCAUGGGAGCUGUGCCUGUGAUGGUGCCUGCCCAGGGUCAGGCUGGGUCGCUGGUGUGAUGGCUCAACUUCUUGACUAAGCCAUCUGCUCUCUCUCUUCCCCAUAGGGGUCACGCCUAGCACAAAGGCAGAGUUUUGGGAGGGUGGCCACUUUCCAUACCUCCAAUCCCACCUUUCUUUACUGGUAGAAACCUGAGUCUCUACCUAGACUAUCUCUACCUCCUAGUAAGACCCUAACUUAUAGGAGGUAGAAGGAGAAGUGGACCUGGGAUUUGGAAGAGCCUACAUCCCCUCUCCCAUCCCAUGACCGCAGCUGAGUGCUGCUGAGAUUGGCUCUCCCCAAGAGCCUGGUGGGGACUGCUAGUCAAUGAGUCCUCCAGGGACUCCACCUGUGCUGUACCCCACUCUUUCUAAUGUCACCCUGUGCCCCCACUCCAUCUCCCUGCAUUAAUAUAACAUUCCUGUUGGCUUGGUUGUGUUUUUGUUGGGACAGGGGAUAGGGAAGAUAUUUUUUAAAACUAACUUGAAAUGUGUGUUUUUGUUCAUGUGAAUUUCAAUAAAGAUGCACUGUGCUUGUGUGGAAAA